AUGGCUAGCUGUAAUUCCGGUGGUGUUUCUGGUCGCCGGCAACGCCAAGUGGAAGGUGACUGUGCAGUGACCGGUUCUGGUAAGAGCAGUGGUGAGCCGAUGUCCAUGACUACACAGACGAAUUUUUCUGGCAUUAUUCACCUUGUCGUCAUUGAUGCUAAAAAAUACAGGGAUGAGUGGAAAGAAACAGGCUGCACAGUCUUAUGUGAUAACUGGUCUGAUGGUAGGAUCGGAUCACUUGUUGUGUUUUCUGUUGCAUGCCCAAAAGGAACGUUGUUCUUGAAGUCGGUUGAUGUUUCAGGUCAUGAACAUGACAGUACUUACUUGUUUGAGCUUUUGGAGUCAGUUGUGCUGGAAGUUGGUUUAGAAAAUGUUGUUCAGGUUAUCACAGAUGCCAGUGCUGGCUAUGUUUGUGCUAGAAGGCUUCUCACAGCGAGGUAUAGUUUUUUGUUUUGGUCUCCUUGUGUCGCUUAUUAUAUAGAUAAGAUGUUAGAGGAUAUUGGUAGACAAGAUUGGGUUAGCACAGUCCUGGAAGAUGCAAAGACAAUCACACAAUACAUUUAUGGUCAUGCCUGGAUUCUGAAUAUAAUGAAAAAGUUUACAGGUGGAAAGGAAUUAAUCAGACCAAAAAUUACUAGAUUUGUCACUGAUUUCCUUUCCUUGAGAUCUAUAGUGAUGCAGGAGGGUAAUUUAAAGCACAUGUUUUCUCAUUCAGAAUGGUUGUCUUCCAUGUAUAGCAAACGUCCAGAUGCACAAGCCAUUAAGUCAUUGCUAUAUUCGGAUAAAUUUUGGAAGCAUGCGCAUGAAGCUGUGAGUGUUUCUGAGCCACUGGUUAAACUCCUAAGGAUGGUUGAUGGGGAUAUGCCUGCUAUGGGUUAUAUAUAUGAAGGAAUGGAGAGUGCAAAAGUUGUGAUCAAGGCCUAUUAUAAGGGAGUCGAAUCAUAUAGCUCAAAACCCGGUGGUGUAUUCAUGUAUUUCUGUUCUUUGAGAAUACCAUUCAUGAAAGCAUUAUUAACAUCAAUUUGA